AUGGAGAACAUAACGAAUCCCGUUCAGCCGCCCGUCAUGGGACCGUACCCGCAGUUUGCCCUGCUGGACACGAUUGUCCCGGGGUUCUCUGUCGCCUCCUCUCUGCUACAGACUCACCUUGGCAUCGACUUGUCACUGUAUCUGCCCAUCUUGCUGCUGAUCAGCGGCUCUACUUGGGCAUGGUCCUAUCUUUAUUCCUACUGCAGCGCACUCGUGGGCGAGCAUCUCAUGUCAUCUGUCCGUAUCCGCACGGAUGACGAGAUUUUCAACAUGGUCAUGGCUUGGGUUACUCAGCAAUCGUUUGCCAGGAGGUCUCGCAACAUCAUGGCCAACACCAAUGUCAACUCCCGCAGCUACUCGAUGUGGAGAUUCUUUGAAUCUGAUGACCAGAACGAGGAAGAGGAGGAAGAUGAAGAAGAGGAUUUCUGGAGCCGAAAGAAGAAGACCAAGCGCGACGUGCAGUACACGCCGUCCUAUGGCUCCCACUUCUUCUGGUUCCACGCCAGACCCCUCUUCUUCAACCGGAUCGACAACCGCGACACCUCCAGCAGCCUCUCAGCUUCGGAGAAGGAGGAGAUCCAGAUUUCAUGUUUCGGACGCAAUCCUGGUAUUCUCAAGACUCUUCUCGCCGAGGCCCGCGAGAUGUACCACGAGAAGGACGAGUGCAAGACUCUCAUCUACCGUGGCUCGACGGGUAAUGCUAACACCAAUUCUGAGCCUGAGUGGAAGCGUUGCAUGGCACGAUCUACAAGACCAUUCUCAACCGUCAUCCUUGAAGAGAAGACCAAGAAUGAUCUGAUUGCCGAUAUUGCCGAUUAUCUCAACCCAGCCACCCGGAGAUGGUAUGCGAACCGCGGUAUCCCCUACCGUCGCGGUUAUCUUCUGCAUGGCCCCCCAGGAACUGGAAAGAGUUCUCUCAGUUUGGCCCUUGCCGGUUACUUCAAGAUGCGCAUCUACAUCCUCUCCCUCAGCUCUCCCAUGUCGUCAGAGGAGACCGUUUCCAGCCUUUUUGCUUCCCUGCCAAGAAAAUGCGUCGUGCUUCUGGAGGAUAUCGACAGUGCUGGACUGACCCACACCCGAGACAAGAACUCAGACACCACCGAAUCCAGCAAUGAGGAGAACAAGACAAACGGAACCGCCACCAACACCACCACCGGCAAGCUCUCCCUCUCGGGUCUGCUCAACAUCCUCGACGGUGUGGCCUCCCAGGAGGGCCGCGUGCUCAUCAUGACCACCAACCACAUCGAGAAGCUCGACAAGGCCCUCAUCCGACCCGGCCGUGUCGACAUGACCGUCCUCUUCGGCCGCGCCGACAACAAGAUGGCCAGCGCCAUCUUCCGCAGCAUCUACGCCCCGCACGAGGGCGAGGACAUCCCCGUGUACGAUGACCGGGUCGCGGAUCCCACGGACGAGAAGGCCGCGAACCGUGAGGAGGCGCUCGAGAGGAUCAAGGAGCUGUCGCAUGAGUUCGCCGCCAAGAUCCCCGAGCACGAGUUCAGCCCUGCCGAGAUCCAGGGUCUUCUGCUGCGUCACAAGCGCCAUCCUUUGGCGGCCCUGAAUGCAACUGAUGAUUGGAUCGUGCAGACGCGCAAGGAGAAGGAGGAUCAGGCUGCGGAAGAGAAGAAGAAGGAGGAAGAGGAAAAGAAGAAGAAGGAGGAAGAGGAGAAGAAGAAGAAGGAGGAAGAGGAGAAGAAGAAGAAGGAAGAAGAGGAAAAGAAGAAGAAGGAGGAAGAGGAGAAGGAGAAGGAGGAAAAAAAGAAGAAGAAGAAGGAGAAGAAAAAGAAGGAGGAAGAGGAGGAAGUCUCAGAGGACGAGGAUGAGGACGAAGAAGAUGAGGACGAGGAGAAGAAGAAGAAGCGGAAGAAGGCCGACGCAAAGAAGCGCAAGGAGAAGAAGGCCGAGCCCGAGGUGGGCGACAAGGACAAGAAGACCCAGAAGGAGAGCUCCGACUCGGGUUACAUUACACCUUGA